UUUUUACUCAAAAUCACGUCUUUAUUCGAAAUCACAAGACAUUGAGUUUAUGGAUCUUCUUACUUAAGAAUGAUCGUCUUUGUAAAACUUAUUCAAUACCUCAUUUUAUCUCUACCCUUCUAUUCUAAACACAUAAUCAAUUUAUAACAUCUAUCACAUCAAUGUCAUUUUCUCUUUAUCUAAAAGGUGUAUACAUCUUAAUCAGAUGCUCACGAAACAUUUUCCAUUACUCAAACACAUGCUAGCUAAUGCCUUUUAUUUUGAACAGAUAAUUUGGCGCUCGUAAUUCUCUCAGUAGCUUAGUGCUUACUAUGCAUGCUUUUGUAAGAACUACUCAAUCCCUGAAAAUUCCCACAAAAAAUGCCAUCUUCAACCACCAUUUUCUCCGAUCAGAACCCGAAUCAUACGCUAAACUCAUUGAAACAUACACUCACUCACGAUCAUUACAACAAGGAAAGAAGCUUCACGCGCUUCUAACAACCAACGGCUACGUCCGUUUCAACCUCAUAGCAUCCAACCUCAUUACCUUAUACACAACAUGUGGCCAACUCUCCAUUGCUCGUAAACUGUUCGACAAAAUUCCCCAAACAAAUAUUCACCGUUGGAUCGCCCUCAUUGCCACAUGUGCUCGAUGUGGCUUCCAUGAUCACGCUCUCGAGGUUUUCUCUGAGAUGCAAACUCUCAACGACCAAAAGUCCAAUAGCGUAUUCGUCAUUCCUAGUGUUCUUAAAGCUUGUGGCCAUGUUGGUGAUAGAAUUUAUGGAGAGCAAGUGCAUUGUUUGGUUUUGAAGUGUUCGUUUGAGAUCGAUGCUUUUGUUUCGAGCGCGUUGAUUGUUAUGUAUUCUAAGUGUGGUGAAGUUAGGGAUGCACGUAAGGUGUUUGAUGGAAUGGUUGUGAAGGAUUUGGUAGCAAUGAAUGCUGUUGUUUCUGGAUAUGCUCAACAAGGGCUUCCGAAUGAGGCAUUGAGUUUGGUUGAAAAUAUGAAGUUGAUGGGUGUGAACCCAAAUGUGGUGACUUGGAAUGCUUUGAUAUCUGGGUUUGCGCAGAAAUGUGACCGGGAAAUGGUGUCUGAGAUUUUUAGGCUGAUGAAUGAAGAUCGGGUUGAGCCUGAUGUGGUGUCAUGGACUUCUGUUUUAUCUGGUUUUGUGCAGAAUUUUCGUAAUGAGGAAGCUUUUGAUGCGUUUAAGAAAAUGCUGCUUCUUGGUUUUUGUCCAACUUCAGCUACGAUCAGCGCGCUUCUGCCAGCUUGUGCUACUGAGGCAAGAGUGAGAUUUGGGAAGGAGAUUCAUGGUUAUGCUUUGGUGAUUGGUGUGGAGGAUGAUUUGUAUGUGAGGAGUGCUUUGGUUGACAUGUAUGCAAAAUGUGGUUUCAUUUCGGAAGCCAGGACACUGUUUUAUAAGAUGCCGGAGAAGAACACGGUGACAAUGAACUCUAUGAUUUUCGGUUAUGCGAAUCACGGGUGCUGCGAAGAAGCUAUUGAGCUCUUCAAUCAGAUGGAGAUGGAAGGGGUGCCCAAGCUAGAUCAUUUAACUUUCACGGCAGCUCUCACGGCAUGUAGUCAUGUUGGAGAUAUUGAACUUGGGCAGAGGCUGUUCAAGAUUAUGCAAGAGAAAUAUUGUAUUGAGCCACGAUUGGAGCAUUAUGCAUGCAUGGUGGAUCUAUUUGGUCGAGCAGGGAAACUAGAGGAAGCGUAUGGCAUAAUCAAGUCAAUGCCGGUUAAACCUGAUUUGUUUGUGUGGGGUGCAUUAUUGGCUGCUUGUAGAAAUCAUGGGCAUGUGGAACUUGCAGAAGUGGCUGCUAAGCAUUUGUCAGAAUUAGAACCCGAGAGUGCUGGGAAUCGUCUUCUGUUGUCCAGCUUGUAUGCCGAUGCUGGAACAUGGGGAAAGGUUGAGCGGAUCAAGAGAAGGAUAAAGAAAGGGAAACUUAGAAAACUUCAAGGAUUGAGUUGGAUUGAUAAUGUAUAGGUGAAUGAUUGUUUAUGCUGGAGGUUCCUUUGCAAUUUGUUACAUUUCUGUAUAUAGGGCUACGGAUUAUGCUUCCUCAAAGAAUUGGAUGGCAAAGCCUAUAUUGACAAUUUUUGAUGUAUUGUUUCCUGAAUCAGACAAAUAGAUAACAAUUCAACA